AUGGAUGAUAUUAGUCGUAGAAUUCAUAAUUUGAUCCGUGAUCCAGAAUCUGAUUUAUCAAGAUUUUUACAAUCAUUAAUUAGAAGUGGACAAAUACUUCAAGCUUCAUUCGAUGAAGAUGACAGCGAAGAUGAAUUUUUUUCUAAUAAUUAUGUAGCCCAUCCAAAUAUGGAAACUUUAAUCGAAAGCGAUUUUAGUACAUUUACAAAGCAAUCAUCCGGUUUGAUAAGCACAACAGGAGCGACGAGAAAACCCAAAUCGAUUGCUUCCAUGAUAUGUGCAAGAGAAAGAGGAAUAAAUGGAAGUACUGCUUUUUCAAAAGUUGAUUGCUGCAAGAUAAACAAUAAUUUUUUACCUAGUAACAGUUCAGUGGUCGCUCACAUUCCGACAAAAAUAUUUUGCGGAAUUUAUUUAGACAAUGGUAGAUUUUUUUUAACCGCUAGUCAGGAUAGAAUGAUACGUUUAUUCGAUGCUAAUAAAAAAUUUACCUUGAUUAAAAAAAUUAUGGCAAAAGAUGUCGGAUGGAGUAUAUUAGAUGUUGCAGUUAGCCCAGAUGGAAAUUAUUUAGCAUAUUCUAGUUGGUGUGAUAGUCUUCAAUUGUGUAAAAUUUGGGAUGAUUCUGACAAUCAUGAUAGCCUUUUGAUAUGUCCUGUCGAAAGAAAAUUCUGUAUAUUUUCAUUGAAAUUUUCACCAAGCGGAAAUGAAAUACUUUGCGGUGCCAAUGAUGGUUACAUGUAUGUUUAUAAUCGAGAACAUAAUCAAAGAGCAUUUUGUGUAGUCGGACAUGAUGAUGAUAUAAACGCGGUUGCUUUUGCCGAUAACAGUUCUCAAAUAUUGUACAGUGGUAGCGACGAUGGUAUAUGUAAAGUGUGGGAUCGGAGAGCACUUCUUGAAUCGAAUCCUAAACCGGUUGGUUGUUUUGCCGGUCACAUGCUCGGUAUAACUUACAUAGAACCUCGGGGUGACAGUCGACAUUUACUUACGAAUAGCAAAGAUCAAAGCAUUAAAUUGUGGGACCAGCGAAAAUUUUCAUCUUACUUGGGAGUGAGAAAUACACUCCGAGCUACAAACAUUCAAAAUUGGGACUACAGAUGGAAAAAAAUUCCCAAAUCACUAAGCGAUCCGCAUAAACGUUUAAAUGGAGAUUCAUCGAUAAUGACGUAUCGCGGUCAUUCCGUUUUGCAAACUUUAUGCAGAUGUCAUUUCUCUCCAGCGGAAACUACUGGACAACGAUAUAUAUACACAGGAUGUGCCGCUGGACGAGUUAUCGUUUACGAUAGUUUAACUGGAAAAAUAGAAAAAGAAUUAACCGGACACAGAGCUUGCGUGAGAGAUGUUUCAUGGCAUCCUUACCGACCUGAAAUAACAAGCGUUUCCUGGGACGGUAACAUAAUAAGAUGGACAUAUCGCGAAGAAGAAUGGACGGAUUCGGAUUCUGUGAAUGAAUCACAGAAUCGUCGUCGUACUGUGACGUCAUGA